GCCGCUUCCCGCCCUUGGCGCAGUCUCGCGGUGCUCUCGCAAGUCUCGCCUCGUGCUGAGCUUCUCGCGGGAUCAGGCUACCAAGAUGGCGGCGGCGCCGGGCCGCUGAGCGGGGCCCUGCGGGGGGGCGGGCUCCGGGCGCUGCUGGCGGGGGAUGCGGACGGGACGGGGCUCGCCGCCGCGGCUCUGAGCGCAUCACCCCCCCCCCGGCUGCGGCGAGCCUUCUUGGCGGGGCCCCGCCGCUGGCGGGGCGGCCGCUGGCGAUGACCGGAGAGAAGCUGCGCUCGCUGCGCAGGGACCACAAGCCCAGUAAGGAGGACGGGGACCUGCUGGCGCCCGGCGAGGAGGAGGCGGCCGCCGCGCCCGGGGGCAUCUUCACCGGCGGCCGCGCGAGCAGCGGGAAGGGCGGCCGGGCCGGCGGCCACCGCAUCUUCAGCAACCACCACCACCGGCUGCCGCUGAAGGGGGGCCCGGCGGCCGGCGGGACGGGCCCCUCCGCCGAGCCCGACAAGUGCCCGGCGCACUUCCCGGUGCACGAGUGCGUCUUCAAGGGGGACGUGAGGCGGCUCUCGGCCCUCAUCCGCACCCAGGGCAUCGGGCAGAAGGACAGUCACGGAAAUACUCCGUUACAUCUUGCUGUGAUGCUGGGACAUAAAGAAUGUGCCCACUUGCUAUUAGCCCAUAAUGCUCCAGUAAAGGUGAAAAAUGCUCAGGGAUGGAGCCCUCUUGCAGAAGCCAUCAGCUAUGGAGACAGACAAAUGAUUUCAGCACUCCUGAGGAAGCUCAAGCAGCAGUCCAGGGAAAGUGUUGAAGAAAAGCGACCUCGAUUAUUAAAAGCCCUGAAAGAGCUAGGUGACUUCUAUCUAGAGCUUCACUGGGAUUUUCAAAGUUGGGUGCCUUUACUUUCCCGAAUUCUGCCUUCUGAUGCAUGUAAAAUACACAAACAAGGUAUAAAUAUCAGGCUGGACACAACUCUCAUAGACUUUACCGACAUGAAGUGCCAACGAGGGGAUUUGAGCUUCAUUUUUAAUGGUGAUGCCGCACCCUCUGAAUCUUUUGUAGUUUUAGACAAUGAACAAAAAGUUUACCAGCGAAUACAUCAUGAGGAAUCUGAGAUGGAAACAGAAGAGGAGGUUGACAUUUUGAUGAGCAGUGAUAUUUACUCAGCAACAUUAUCAACCAAAUCCAUCACCUUCACGCGUGCCCAAACGGGAUGGCUGUUUCGAGAAGACAAGACAGAAAGAGUAGGAAACUUUUUGGCAGAUUUCUACUUGGUUAAUGGACUUGUAUUAGAAUCAAGGAAAAGAAGAGAACAUCUCAGCGAGGAGGAUAUUCUUCGAAAUAAAGCUAUCAUGGAGAGCCUGAGUAAAGGUGGCAACCUAAUGGAGCAAAAUUUUGAGCCUGUCAGACGGCAGUCCCUUACUCCACCAUCACCCAAUACAAUUACAUGGGAAGAGUACAUAUCUGCUGAAAAUGGAAAAGCUCCUCAUCUGGGUAGAGAGCUGGUCUGCAAAGAAAGCAAGAAAACCUUUAAAGCCACGAUAGCUAUGAGCCAGGAAUUUCCCUUAGGAAUUGAAUCAUUGUUGAAUGUUUUAGAAGUAAUUGCACCCUUCAAGCACUUUAACAAACUUAGGGAAUUUGUUCAAAUGAAGCUUCCACCAGGCUUUCCUGUAAAAUUAGAUAUUCCUGUAUUUCCCACCAUCACAGCCACUGUGACUUUUCAGGAGUUCCGUUACGAUGAAUUUGAUGAAUCCAUCUUCACUAUUCCUGAUGACUACAAGGAGGACCCCAGCCGUUUCCCUGAUCUCUAACUAAACUGGAAGGUGAAUGGGGAAUACCAAUACCAGCGUAUCACAGUGAAAGCAAAUGGCUGCAAAAAGAGCCCACAGAUAGAGCUAGAAAAAGUGGGUCGUGAAGGAAGGGAUAAACUUAAUAAUCCAGAAGAAAAGGGAACAUGUAUCAAAUGACUGAUGUACUGUACUCACUAUAAUGGGCGUCUAAUGUAGUUCCUGAUUUCCAGCAAGUCUCCUGAUGUGUCGUUCACCCUUGUCUCCACGCAGGUCUGCAGCGUGGUGGUGCCACCCCGAUGGCCCUGGGGACACUCAGCAGCUGUGAGGACUAUCAUUUGUUUUUAAAUUUUUUACAUUUCUUGGUGAUACAAGAAGCACUCUCGGACCAUUAGCAUACAAGCUGACAUGUCUUAGCUGGAUAGUAGCCCUGUACAUCAUCCCACCGUGCUUACGAUUGACCAUAUUGUAUUCUUUCAAGCUUUGUUUUCAUGGAUUGUAAACUACGUAUCACAAUGUAUAGUUCAGUAAUCUGAAUGUUAGCUGAACGUAUAUUAGAAGGAAUGCUUUUUCUAUAGAGGAAUGAACCAAAUGGUAACCAUUAAACAGUUGGGUUUUCACACUGCAAUACACUUCAGAGAUAGCAUUUGCUCUGCAGGGAAUAAGGUACCUCCUCUAGCACCUUAGUGCGGUCCAUUGUGGUGCUAUCCAUGUCUCUGAACCCUUCGUUUCUUCCUUGUGUUGGCUUCACGCUCAACUUCUCUUCAUCACGCUGGCUUGGACAUCCCUGCUGUGCCCAUGACGCUGUGUUGAUGAACGUGCUCGGGGGGGUUGUUAGCUACAGAUCGUCACUUCUUCCUUCUCUUUUCACAUCCACAUAGGAGACUUGCUCCAUAAUGGUUGAGGUCAUCUUGUGUCUGUGUUCAGCAGCCACUCAGAACCAUGGGAUGCAUAGAAAGAGUUACUAGAACAGUACACUCGAGCGUUAAACCUUCAUACAAGAGGUUGUUUCUCUUGAAGUUAGUUUAAUUGUAGUGCACAUUGAAUAGGGCUCACGUUGGAAGACUUGAUUUGCAGGUUUAAUUUCCUUCCUCUUGAUAUUUUGUAGGUAGGUGCUUCAGUACUCUGGCUUCUUGAGCUUAUUCUCAUUCCAAGUGGUUCCAGUCUCCUAAUUUGACAAUAAUCCAGCUUUUUUCGGUUUGUUAGAAAGAACUCGUGCAAAAGGCUAAUGGUGCUAUUUGUUUGUAUUGAGAAAUUUAGAUUAAAGUGCUGUGGUGUAAUUGUACAAAACUGUAAAUAUUUCCAAGAUUAUAUUCUUUGUGCACUGUAGUUAAAACUUUUUUCUGGAAAUCACUAGAGUCAAGUAUCAAACUUUAUAACAAAGAGUUCCAUCCAUGCUUAGUAGAGGUACCCAACCUAACUAACCAUGCAGGUGAUGAGUGGAGGUGGCUUAUUGCAGGGCAAUAGGAGCUGGCUUGUGAGGCACAUCGGCAGGACAGGGAAAUACCCAUCCCAAGCAGAUGUUCCUUCAAAGCUUGUGGCCUCCAUCUGUGUAGAACCCAAAGAGGCAGCUCUAGGGAAGCGCAGGAUCCGCCUUAGCUGGAGUCCCAGGGAAUCGCUGUCAGCAAAGUACAGAUGAACUGAGAAUGGGAAUGGAGGUUGAGCCUCUUCCAGCGUCACUAGAAACCUGCAGGUUGGACGGGUGAGUAACGCUGUGACCGAUGCACUGGAGUUGUAGUUCAAAAUCAGUUGGAAAACGGGGAAAAAAAGCAAAGGGAGAUGCAGAACUGUAGUAACUCCUGAUGUACUGUGCCAGUAGCAGAUGUUGGACAUUCAGUGGGAAUGAUGGAACUUGUUCUUCCAAGUAAUUAUGAAUUCCUGAGGUGUUCCACAUCUGUGCUGUGACCCAAUGCCCACCGUGUGCUCCUGCUGGGCUCAGCAUUGCUCCUCGCGGGGAGGGAGCUGUCCCGUCCCUCCCUGUGAGGGCUCAGGGGCAGGGGGGCUGCAGGCCGGGUUCUGCGGGUGCCCCUUGCAGGGUGGAAGGUUCUGUUGUGCUGAGGUAACACCAGUGGGAGCAGGCACAGGAGCUGCUUGGCAAUGGCAGCAGCAGGAGGUUUCUCCAUGAGGUGAAUGUCAGAAAUCCUUUUUCCCAGUGUUGCAGGGGAGGAACCAGGCAUUUGUUACUUUGGUUAUUCCAAAUGGCCUUCCAGAGCUCGCUGGCAGAGGAAGGAGCGUUCGUAGCUGGGGCUGUUCGGGUGAUGCAGUGACUGCCGUGGCCUGGAUUCUAGAUUCUAGAAUAAGAAAGAACAAAGCUCUUUGUGCAGUCCUCUCAGAGGAGGGUUCCGUGUGUCUCCCUUUGCCUCGGGAACACCCCGUGGCCUCAGGUGGAGAAGGAGGUGGUGUCUGACCCGAAGCCCACUGCAGUGUGUGGAAAUGGGUUCUGUGCUUUCCACAGCCUCUGGCUGCAGGUUUGUGGGUUUUUAACCUUCCUGAUCUCACCAACAACAACUUUGAUACAUUUUAAGAUUUGCAGAAACUUUUUAUAAUGGAUUGCUCUGUUGAGGCUCGCUCUGGUGUGGAGUGUCAGCAGGGAGCGGACACAGACCUGGGUGACUGUAGCCUUUAGGUUAUUACAGUGCACAUCCCCUGCUGCUGCUUUUCUUCCUGCUGCAUCAAUGUGACUCCAACCACAUUGUCCUCCCAGCUCAGUGCCUGCUCUCGGGCCCUGUGACACCCCAUGAAGUGAGCCUCGGGCAGCUGCUUCUCGGUACCUUUCCUCCCGAUUCAGGUGAUGUUUUGUGUCUGAAGCAUUCCCAGUGCUGAGCUCGGCACCGUCGGGCGCAGGGACGCUCGGGGCACGGUGGCCGGGGCUGUUGGCCCAUUUCUCCGCUCGGAUCUGUUUUGCUUGCAGGGGUUUGUGCUGUUGGACACUGUGUAUUGUCAGUGUGGAUGUGUCUGCAUGCCAGCGCCAUGGAUGGGUGAGGAGUGUGGAGAGAGCCCCAGUCCGCAGCUGUGCUGUGGGCACCGCUUCCCCCACCUCAUCCUGUCUCCUGCUGGGAUAUCCUCUGGAAUUGUAUUUCCUUGGGCAGGAUUGGUCUGGCAGAACCUCAUUUGUGGUUUUCCCCUUUUCCUUAAGCCCACACUGGGUGUUGAGGGAAGGUUUGGUUCCUUGUAGAGUGGAUGUCUCUUGUCUCAUCACCGCCCAACAAGGAGCCUGUCAGCUUUAACCUGUUUAUUUGGCUUGUGCAGGGUUUAGGGACUCUUUGCAACCGGAUACCUGGAAAGGGAGAAGGACCUGGGUGAUUAAAACCACCUUUGUGGACGCGCUGGCCGAGGUGUCCGGUGCCAUCCAGCCUAACACGAGGGGAGGAGAAGGGAACUCACCCAGCUGAGGUGCAGGGUGGCACUGGUGGGGUGCGAGGGGAGGCUGACACGGUGCCGAGUGAUGGCUCUGGAGACAGAAACCUCCAACCAGGGCUGGUGGGGAACCCCGCUGAGUCCAAGCAGCUGCUCUGAUCUCACCACUUCCCUGCUGGCUGCGAGGUUGUUCUAGCAGCAGAUACUAAAAACCAGCCAUUCAUUUUGCUAAACUGAAAUAAGAAAUUACAGCAAAAGAAUCCUGAGGGUUGUCUCUCAACCAAACUGUUUUCCUGGUCUUCCAAACUUGUGCUUUAAUUGGUGGCAAAGGGAAUGUGUUUUCUUUUUCCUUCCAAGGAGCUGCUGUUCCAGUCACUGUACUCACUUUACUCUUGGUUUAUGUGUGUUGAAAUGAUUUGUUACAAACCCUCUGGAUAGAUCUGUGCUGGAAUCCUGCCGUGUUGAGCUGAUAUUCCAAGCGAGUGUCUGGGUUUUUUAAAUGUCUUUGUUCUUGGUUUGUAGUUCAUCGAGGAGAACUGCGUUAUUUAACCUGUAUUAACAAACCUCCUGUAAUGCUGCAGUUUCAUGUUUCUUUUCCUUACAAUUUGUAACGAUCAUGGAAACAAAUGUCACUUUUUUUGCAUUUUACCAGUUGUCCGGGUCCAUGUUUUUAACUUUCCUUCACUAAUAGUAACUUUUGGUUGUAUCAUUUGUUAGAAUAAAGACCAAAAUACGCUGUUUGAUUCUGAA